GUGUUUUUUCCUUAGAGGGCGCCGUAGUGUUCGAGUCGCAUGUUAGGAUAUCAGCUGACAUCCCGGAAGUAGCCAAAAUAAUAACUGUCGGUGCCCUUCUCUUCACAAUAUUUACUCUUUUCAGUUUUUUUUUAACAGCGUUAUUUAAGCCACUGUUAUGGAGGGUGCACUGGAGCAGCAUCUUGAUGAUACGAUGAAAAAUCCUGCCAUUGUUGGGGUUUUGUGCACAGACGCUCAAGGCCAUAAUCUAGGAUGCCGUGGCUCGCUCUCUGAUGAACAUGGAGGAAUUGUGUCUGUACUGGCCAAGCAAGCUGUUUCUCUAACCAAAGACCCCACUGACUUCCCUACUGUGUGCCUGGAGUCUGACAGUGGGAACAUUUUGGUGAGAACACAUGGAACAAUUACACUGGCCGUGCAUAAGAUGGCAUCAUGAAGUCUGUUUGUAUCUAUUUGUCAGAUAUUGAAUGUGUGCAGUGUUUUUAAACAUCAUUACUUUGAGUUUGAAAAGCUUUAACGGUCUAUUGUCAGCAACAUAGAAGCUUAAUGAUUGGCUGAGAUUACGUCUUCCAUCAUAUCAGAAACCAUCACAUGUUUGUUGUCCGUGGUUAAUCACUAAUUUCUUUUCCAAUGUUUGUACUUUCUUAUAACCAUAAACCACAGCUCAAAUGUGUUUACUUCUUUUUUUGGUCAAACAAUAUAGUUUCCGGUUAAUAAAUUGUUAUUUAAGGAAACUAA